UACGAGGCUUCAGUAAAACCCAAAAUAAACUAUUUUUGCAUUAAAUUCUCCAUCAAGUGGACUUCUUACAGGCCACCCAGCGGAGGAGUCCAGCGCCCUACGCCUCAAUAAGCCUACUCAGUCCAUUUCCGGCCGACUUCAGUAUCGUCCGAGCCGCGCUCCUACCUUAGUUCGAAUUCGGCAACAACACCUUUUAUUCCUAAUAAAAAUUCGAAUCUAAAGCUUCAUCUUUUUUGGUGAGAAUAAGAUUUCAUCUUUAACAGAUUAUAGCGGAGGUGAUAAUAAUUUGAUAACAUAACAAGGAGGUGUGAAAGAAGACUACGUGCUUGUAGAACAAGACAGAGGUCAGUGUAAAACGAAAUCAGAGCUAUAGUCAAUUCAAACGCGUGCAACAGCACCCAAUUUUUAAUGAAAUUAUCUAAGAAAGAUCAGCAUCUCUUCUCCCUCAUUGGAUAGCCAAGAAAGUCGACAAUUCAAACAGCUAAAUCAAUUCAGACACCUAAAUCAAUUCAGACACCUAGACCAGCAGCCAAAGUUGUUCUACAGAAAAGUCAGCAAUCCAAAAAAAAAAAAAACUCUUCCGAGUCAAUAUGUCUAUCAAAUAUACAACUAAAACUAACACGUGCUUGGAAUUUUUCUUUCUUGUACCUUUGUUUAAAGAGCUGAUAUCUUCCAGCAUAUGCAAUCUUUAAACAGUAGAGGGAUGGCAUCCAUGCCAGUGUUCUUGCUUCAGCUACAGCUGCUGCUGCUGCUGGGAACAGCAGCCGUGGCAUCAGCGAUUACUUCCUUACCAGGCUGCGAAGAGAGGUGCGGCAAUAUCUCCAUCCCAUACCCCUUCGGAAUGGGCCCGGGCUGCUUCAUGGAAGGUUUCGAGGUCACAUGCAACGGCUCGAAGCCUUUCUUAGGUGGCAGGAUCGAGCUAAUCGAUGUCGACGUGCCGCAAGGCCUCGCGCAUGCCUACUGGUACAUCAGCUGGACGUGCUACAACAACAGCAGCAGCAACUUCACGGGCAACACAGCUCGCCAGAUGGACUUGAGGGGCACGCCGUUCAAGUUCUCCUACGACCGCAACAAAUUCACCACCAUCGGCUGCAACGCCCUCGCCUACAUUCUAAGCUCCAACGGCCAGAGCUACGCCAGUGGAUGCUUGGCGACAUGCAGCGAUAUAAGCAGCAUCAUCAAUGGCUCUUGCAAUGGCAUGGGCUGCUGCCAGACUUCCAUCCCCAAGGGGUUCGUCUUUUAUAAUUCUGUCAUCGAUCCCAGGUUCAAUAACUCCAGCGUCUACCAGGUGUAUCCUUGCAGCUAUUCUUUCUUGGCAGAUGAGACAUGGUACCAGUUCAUGGCCUCUGAUAUCAUAUCGUUCGACUUCUACAAGAGAAAUAAGAACGGGGUGCCUGUGGCGCUGGACUGGGCGGUAGGAGGCACGAGCUGCGAGAAAGCCAAGCUUAACACCACUUCUUACCUUUGUCUUCGCGAGCACAGCGAGUGUAUCGACUCUCCCAACGGCCCUGGAUAUUAUUGCAGCUGCUCGGCGGGCUAUGAAGGCAAUCCCUAUCUCACGGGUGGAUGCCAAGAUGUAAACGAGUGCGAGCUUCCGGAGCAGUAUCCAUGCUAUGGAACCUGUCUGAAUUCCCUCGGGAGCUACACCUGCAAAUGUCCAGAAGGCACCCACGGAAAUGCUCUGAUAGAAGCAGGCUGCAUCAGAGAUAAAUCAGUUUUAGGCACAAUUCUUAUAACAGCUGGAGGUGUUGGAGCAGGCAUUAUUCUUCUUCUUGGAUCUAGUGUUCUGAUUUGGAGAGGAUUGAAGGAAAGAAAUGCAAAGAAAAGAAAGAAAAGGUUCUUUCACGAAAACAAGGGUUUGCUAUUACAACAGCUCGUCUCUUCCGAUGAAACUCUUGUUGAGAGGAUGAAAAUCUUCACACUAGAAGAGCUAGAAAAGGCGACCAACAAUUUCGAUAGAGCUCGUGUUGUUGGUAAAGGAGGCCAUGGCACUGUUUAUAAAGGAAUUCUAUCAGACCAACGCGUCGUUGCUAUCAAGAAGUCAAAGAUAGCAAAUCGGAUUGAGUUAGAUCAAUUUAUAAAUGAGAUGGUUAUUCUUUCUCAAAUCAAUCAUAGGAAUGUGGUUAAGCUCUUUGGAUGUUGCCUAGAAUCCAAAGUCCCCUUGUUGGUAUAUGAAUUUAUCUCUGGUGGAACUCUGUUCAACCAUCUCCAUGACAGCCAUCACUUUGCUCCUCUAUCAUGGCAAGAUCGUCUAAGGAUUGCUGCUGAAAUUGCAAGUGCACUGUCCUAUCUACACUCUGCGGCUUCGAUAUCGAUUUUCCAUAGAGAUGUCAAGUCAUCUAACGUACUACUUAAUGAAAGUUAUACCGCAAAGAUAUCAGAUUUUGGUGCUUCAAGAUCUAUUCCUCUUAAUCGGACCUGCGUAACCACAGCUGUUCAGGGAACAUAUGGUUACUUGGAUCCUCAGUACCACCAAACAGGCCAACUAACAGAAAAAAGUGAUGUUUAUAGCUUUGGAGUCAUUCUCCUGGAGUUGCUAACUGGGAAGGAUCCAAUUUCUUACAGUCGACAUCAAGAGGGAACUCUCACUUUGGAUUUCAUUUGUUCAUUAAGAGAGAAUCAUCUCUUUGACAUUUUAGACCCCCACAUAUUGGAAGAGGGAGGAGAAGAAGAUAUUGAAAUAGUUGCUCAUCUUACUGAAUUGUGCCUGAGAUUGAAUGGAGAAGAAAGGCCCACAAUGAGGGAGGUGGAACAAAAACUUGACACAAUGCGAAGGUUCGCAAAAUCAAAGCAUGAUUUCGAUGUUUCACAAAAUGGUGGAAUGACAACAGGCUUGCCAAGCAAGAUACCAGUUGAAGGCAAUGCCAGCGGUACGACUAGUCAGUACAGUCUAGAGAAAGAGUUCAUGUUGUCACUAGUAGAGCAACCAAGAUGAUUUCACAGGGGCAGAGAGGAAUAUGAAUGAAUGAUUUGUUGGAUAUUAGACCAAAUUUAGCAAUCAUCUCGGUUCAGUCAACCUACAUGGUAUCCUACAAGGCAUCCUAUGUGGUAUAGUCAAAGAGUCAUCAAGUAAAUAGCAUAUGUCAAGUAUCAUGGCAAGAGCCAUAUGGGUUGUGAUCUAAUGAAGUGAAAUAGUCAUGAAAGUCUUUAAAGUUUCCAAGUAGUCAUGUCUCUCAAAGUUUCUACAUGAUGUUCCCUGGAGUCUAUAAACAAUCCAAUGCUAGUAUUCAUGAUGUAUCUUUAGUGUUCCCAAAAGGGUGUCUUUUAGAAUUCUAUGUAAAUAUCAAUAUAGUUGUCUCUUAAAUGUUCUAAUACAUUUAUGUAAGGGAUAUAUCAAGAGUCACUAUGCUGUUAUGUAAAGCCAUGUAAUGGUUUUUUUUUUUUUUUU